AUGAAGCCAAACUUUAUUUUAAUGCUGAUGGAUGAUCAAGAGAAUAUAGAGAAAGUAGACAUUAAUUUUAAGCCAAACUUCUCUGAUGUCUGUGAUUUCUUCUGCCUGAUCAUUGAUCACAUGAUUGUCUGCGUCAGGGAGCUGCCGCGGGUGGAACAUCUCCUGUUCCAGUCGGUGGAGGAUCUACAAAUUUCCACCAUCAGGAGCGUGACCGUCGAGGAAGAGCUGGUGGAGAUCGCUAAGGAGAGGAUCCGAGUGGUCAUCAUGGCAAACAGUCACGGGCCCAACACAUAUACAUCAGUUUAUAAUCCAUACAAGUAUCUCAUCUCAGUGGAAACAGAAAACAAGGUCAAAAAGUUCAUAAGUAAGGAGCGCCCUCUACGGGAGUACAGACAGGAAAUAGAGAAGUUGAAGAAGCUGAUCUCAGCUGUUGGAUCACUUCCUGUUGCCAUCCCCAUGCAUUUAUUUUACCUAGACUGUAACCAUAUCAACCAGUGGCUGAUUAAAAGGGCCAGGUACUUCAUUGACAUUAUGGUCACCAACAUAGCCAACAUGAGCCGGGACUUCAACAAGGGUAUAUGUAAGCAGUAUGACACGAUCGUGAAGAAGGUGGCCCAGCAGGCCGAGAAUACAGAGGAACUGGUCCAGAUGCAGAACUAUGUAGAAAAUCUGAAAGUGGGGGAAUUGCUACAGCUAAAGGACAAACAAGAAGUGGCUGGACAGAACUUGAUGUUUUUGUUGGACUACACCUAUCUAUCUACAGCUGAUAUAUCUACAAACAACACCACAUUCACCUGGGCAGAGAAAAUAGUCCCCAUCAUCAGCAGCACAGAGAAGAAGUUGUCCAAGGACCACGAGAUUUACAGUAACAAGCUGAGGGAUAAGAAGAAGAAGUUCCAGGAGGAGCUGGACUACGCUGAGAAGCAGGUGAAGAUGUUCCAGAACAAGAGCAACAUGAACGAGGCCGAGAACUUCAUACAGGAACUGGAGGACAUCGCCAGGAAACUGGAACUGUUCCAGGAAGAGAAAGUAAAGAUAAACCGCGAGGAGAUGUUGCUGGGACAGGAAGUGAUGUCACAAUACGGACAGAUCCAGGCCAUGGCCACCGCGCGAGAACCGUACGAGAAACUGUGGAGGACGGCCGUCACCUUCCACAAGGAGCACGACAACUGGAUGAACGGACCGCUACUCAAGGUCAACGCAGAGGUCGUGGAUGAAGAGGUCAGUGAUAUAUACGGUCAAAUGGAAAAUCUUUCAUUAUGUCGUCAGAAAUCCACGGUCAGUCUGGCUUCUCUUCCCUUGGAUGGAAAGAGAAGACUGACUAUGGGUUUCCGAUGA